AUGGAAGGAAAGAAUCAGUCUGUGGUGUCAGAGUUUGUGUUCCUGGGACUCACCAACUCUUGGCACAUCCAAUUAUUCCUUUUUGUGUUCUCCUCCAUGUUUUAUGUAGCAAGCAUGACAGGAAACUCCCUCAUCGUGUUCACUGUGGCUUUUGACCCUCACUUACACUCUCCCAUGUAUUUUCUGUUGGCUAACCUCUCCUUCAUUGACUUGGGUGUUUCUUCUGUUGUGUCCCCCAAGAUGAUUUAUGAUCUGUUGAGAAAACAUAAGGUCAUCACUUUUAGAGGGUGCGUCACUCAAAUAUUCUUCAUUCACUUUAUUGUUGGUGUCGAGACAGUUUUACUCAUAGCCAUGGCCUUUGACAGAUAUGUGGCCAUAUGUAAGCCUCUCCAUUAUCUGACCAUUAUGAGCCCAAAGAUGUGCAUCUUGUUUCCAGUGGCCUCCUGGGUGAUUGGCUUUAUGCAUUCUCUCAUCCAACUGGCUUUUGUAGUAAACUUACCAUUCUGUGGACCAAAUGUUUUGGACAGCUUCUACUGUGACUUUCCUGGGUUCAUCAAACUUGCCUGUGUAGAUACCCAUAAACUAGAAUUCAUGGUCACAGCCAACAGUGGAUUCAUCUCUGUGGGCUCCUUCAUUAUACUGAUCAUUUCCUAUAUUGCCAUCAUAAUCAUUGUACAAAAACAUUCAUCAAGUGCUUCCUCUAAAGCUCUGUCCACACUUUCAGCUCAUAUCUCUGUGGUUAUCUUAUUCUUUGGUCCUUUGAUAUUCUUUUAUACCUGGCCUUCUCCUUCUAUACACCUAGAUAAAUUUCUGGCAAUUUUUGAGGCAGUAGUUACUCCUUUUCUGAAUCCUGUGAUAUACACAUUCAGAAAUCAAGAAAUGAAGGUAUCAAUGAAAGAGAGCAUGCAGACAGCUAUUUAG